CGCCCCCUCGCGGUGCAGCCGCCGCACGGCCGAUCCUUGAGCAGCCGCUGUCGCUCGGGAGGCUACGCAGCGCGGGAGCCAUGGCCUCGGGGUCGGCAGAGGCGGAGACCCGGCAGAGGCUGCUGCGCACCGUCAAGAAGGAGGUGAAGCAGAUCAUGGAGGAGGCCGUCACCCGCAAGUUCGUGCAUGAGGACAGCAGCCACAUCGUCUCUUUCUGUGCGGCGGUGGAGGCCUGCGUCCUGCACGGGCUGCGGCGGCGGGCGGCGGGCUUCCUGCGCAGCAACAAGCUGGCCGCCCUCUUCAUGAAGGUGGGCAGGAGCUUCCCGCUGGCUGAGGAGCUGAGCCGCAAGGUGCAGGAUCUGGAGCAGCUCAUCGAGAGCACGCGAAACCAGAUCCAAGGCCUCCAGGACACCGUGCGGAAGCUGCCCAAGCUGCCCAACCUGUCCCCACUGGCCAUCAAACACCUGUGGAUCCGCACGGCCUUGUUCGAGAAGGUUCUGGACAAAAUCGUGCAUUACCUGGUGGAAAACAGCAGCAAAUACUACGAGAAGGGGGCUCUGCUCAUGGACCCCGUGGACGGCCCCAUCCUCGCGUCCCUGCUGGUGGGGCCGUGCGCGCUGGAGUACACCAGGAUGAAGACGGCCGACCACUGCUGGACCGACCCCUCUGCCGACGAGCUGGUGCAGAGGCACCGCAUCCACAGCUCGCACCUGCGCCAGGACUCGCCCACCAAGCGCCCGGCGCUCUGCAUCCAGAAGCGGCACUCCAGCGGCAGCAUGGACGACCGGAUGUCCCUCUCAGCUCGGGACUACGUGGAGUCGCUGCACCAGAACUCGCGGGCCACCCUGCUCUACGGCAAGAACAACGUGCUGGUGCAGCCGAGAGAUGACAUGGAGGCGGUGCCCGGGUACCUGUCGCUGCACCAGACGGCCGAUGUCAUGACCCUCAAGUGGACGCCAAACCAGCUGAUGAACGGCUGCGUGGGGGACCUGGACUAUGAGAAGAGCGUGUACUGGGACUACGCCAUGACCAUCCGCCUGGAGGAGAUUGUGUACCUGCACUGCCACCAGCAAGUGGACAGCGGCGGCACGGUGGUGCUGGUGAGUCAGGACGGCAUCCAGAGGCCGCCGCUGCGUUUCCCCAAGGGUGGGCACCUGCUGCAGUUCCUCUCGUGCCUGGAGAACGGGCUGCUGCCCCACGGCCAGCUGGACCCGCCCCUCUGGUCCCAGCGGGGCAAGGGCAAAGUGUUCCCCAGGCUGCGUAAGCGGAGCCCCCAGGCCUCCUCCGAGCCCACUUCCUCGGACAAGGAGGACGAGGAGGCCACCGACUUCGUGUUCCGGAUCCUCUACCCCGGCAUGCAGUCUGAGUUCGCCCCCCAGGACCUGAUGGAGGCCCCCGUGAGCAGCCUGCAGGCCCUGUGGCAGCCAAGCCCCUGGAAGUCCUGCUCAACCUGCUCCCAGGCCGGCUUGGCUGAAGGGGGCCCCGCCAGUGGCUGCAGCCACGAGAGGGCCCCCCUGAAGCUUCUCUGUGACAACAUGAAGUACCAGAUUCUUUCCAGAGCCUUCUAUGGAUGGCUGGCCUACUGCAGACACCUGUCCACCGUGAGGACGCAUCUGUCUGCCCUGGUGAACCACAUGAUCGUGUCCCCGGACCUGCCCUGCGACGCGGGACACGGACUGACGGCCGGGAUCUGGGAGCUGUACCUGCAGGACAGCACGAGCUAUGAGGAGCAGGAGCUGCUGCGUCUCAUCUACUAUGGGGGUGUCCAGCCCGAGCUGCGCAAGGCCGUGUGGCCCUUUCUGCUGGGCCAUUACGAGUUCGGGAUGUCGGAUGCCGAGCGCAAGGAGGUGGACGAGCAGGUGCACGCCUGCUACGCACAGACCAUGUCCGAGUGGCUGGGCUGCGAGGCCAUCGUGCGGCAGAGGGAGCGCGAGUCCCACGCGGCGGCGCUGGCCAAGUGCUCGUCGGGGGCCAGCCUGGACGGCCACCUGCACCGCAUGAUGCACCGGGACUCCACCGUCAGCAACGAGUCCUCCCAGAGCUGCAGCUCAGGCCGCCAGAACCUCCGCCUGCAGAGCGACUCGAGCAGCAGCACGCAGGUGUUUGAGUCCGUGGAUGAAGUGGAGGCGGAGGGCAGGCUGGAGGAGAAGCUGCCCAAGCUCCCCAGCGGCACCCUGGUGAACGGUACCUGCUCCCCGGACUCCGGCCACCCGUCCUCCCACAACUUCUCCUCUGGCCUCUCAGAGCACUCGGAGCCCAGCCUGAGCACAGAGGACAGUGUCCUGGACGUCCAGCGGAGCGCCGCCCCAGUGGCCCGGGCGGAGGACGGCAGCGUGGACGACGGCCAGAGCAGCGAGGCCACCACGUCCCGGGACGAGAUCGCCCGCCAGGAGCUGGCUGUGCAGGACAGCCUGGAGAGCGACCUGCUGGCCACCGAGAGCAUGGAUGAGUUCAUGUCCAUCUCGGGCAGCCUGGAUGUGGCGCCCCUGCCCGACAAGGAGGUCUGGGGGGGCGGCCAAACGGACAAGCACAGCCCCGGGGGCAGUGAGGGCAACCUGUCGGAGGAGCCCGAGAUGGAGAGCCUCUUCCCCGCGCUGGCGUCUCUGGCCGUGACAGCCGGUGCCAAUAACGAGGUCUCUCCGGUGUCGUCCAGCGGCGUCACCUACUCCCCCGAGCUGCUGGACCUGUACACGGUGAACCUGCACCGCAUCGAGAAGGACGUGCAGCGCUGCGACCGUAACUACUGGUACUUCACGCCCGCCAACCUGGAGAAGCUGCGGAACGUCAUGUGCAGCUACAUUUGGCAGCACAUUGAAAUCGGCUACGUGCAGGGCAUGUGUGACCUCCUGGCCCCGCUGCUGGUCAUCCUGGAUGAUGAGGCCUUGGCCUUCAGCUGCUUCACGGAACUCAUGAAGAGGAUGAACCAGAACUUCCCCCACGGUGGCGCCAUGGACUCGCACUUUGCCAACAUGCGGUCCCUGAUCCAGAUCCUGGACUCUGAGCUCUUCGAGCUGAUGCACCAGAAUGGCGACUACACUCACUUUUACUUCUGCUACCGCUGGUUCCUGCUGGACUUCAAGCGAGAGCUGGUCUACGAGGACGUCUUCUCUGUCUGGGAGACCAUCUGGGCCGCCAAGCACGUGUCCUCCGCCCACUACGUGCUGUUCAUCGCACUGGCGCUGGUGGAGGUGUACCGAGACAUCAUCCUGGAGAACAACAUGGACUUCACCGACAUCAUCAAGUUCUUCAACGAGAUGGCCGAGCGCCACAACACCAAGCAAGUCCUGAAGCUGGCCCGCGACCUGGUGCACAAGGUGCAGACGCUGAUCGAGAACAAGUGAGGCGGCCGGGCCAGGUCUGUGCCAGCCUGCCCCUGCACGUGCGCAGGGCCCACUCCCCGACUUCCACACGGCCGGCCGGGGCCAGGGCUCACCCCUGUGUCCAGCCUUACGCUCUCCUGUUUGACCAAAGAUGGCCAAGUCCGGGACUCUAUCCCUGCACGAGACGGGGAGGGCAGAAGGAUCCCCUCUCUUUCCCUCUCUCACCUAAUCCUGUCAGCAGAGGCAGGGGCCCCAUAUGGAAGUUUUUUUUUUUUUUUUUUUGAGGGGGUAGGUCUGCUGGCAGCCUGGGGAUCCCUCCCUCCUCUGGAAGUACCUUUGGAGAUUGACCCAGAGCACAGCUAGAAGACAGGCUUGGAACCGGCCUGUGGGCCACUGCACAAAAUUUGGGGCAGGGUCAUCCUUCUUUGAGGGGGGCUGUCCUUUGGAACUCUGAGCCACCUGCCUCUCCCCACUAGGUCCCAGUAUCCGCCUUCCCCCGUUAUGACACUCCCAACCUCCCUGGACACUGCCACAUGGCCCCACGGGGCAGAAUGCCCGGUUUGAGAAGCACUGACCUCUGGGAGGGUGCCCCAUGCUUCCCUCCCUGCUGCCCCCCCACCCUGAGCCUCAGUGUCCCCAGGAACCUCCUCUUCAUAAAAGGCACAUGGGGGGUCAUCCCUUGCACAUUUCCCCAGGGUUGGGGGUCCCCUGUGCUGUGUCCACCUCGUUUUUAUCCCCUGCCUGGCCCAGGGUUGGGGGUCCCCCGUGCUGUGUCUGCCUCAUUUUUGUCCCCUGCCUGACCCUCGGAGAGACCUACCUGCCUUCUUCUCAAGUGGGUGUCCCCACUGUGGUGGGUGACGGGGCCCUGUUGCUGGGGAGAGAGUCCCAGGCUAUUGGGGGUGCCCCACACCCCUGCCCCUUGCCCCAGGCUCACCCCUCUCCCCGUUUUCACACAGGGAAGAGGUGUGCCGGUGAGGGCCUCCACACACACUUGCAGGCCACCUGCUCUGCUCCCCAAGUGCCCUUGCUCACUCAGUAUGGGAGCAGAGGACGGGAUGGGGGGCCUUGCCUGGACACGGUCCCCUCCCUGGCGUCACACCAAGGGUCCUCCAGGACCCCCAUUAGCUAACUCACUGCGGUCCUGGCUGGAGGAGCAAGGUUGGGGGGUUGGUCCUGCCAGCUCUGUUCUCAGAAGGUUCCAGAAUGGGCAGAAAUAGCAGGUCAAAAAGGAAAUCCUUCCUGUGAAUAUUGGAGACAACCCCAGCCCCAACAAACCAGGUGGCACCUGCUCCCUGCCCCUUCCCGGGGCCCCAGUGUGUGCGAACCCCACCUUCCACCUACCUGGGAGCUUCUCCCCUGGAUGGACAGCCUGGGCAAGAGCAUCCCAUGAGAACUGCACCCCUCUCGGCUCCCCCCAAAGGCCGCUCCAGAUGCCCUUCUCACAGUUCACAACAGGGAGGCAACCCUGACAGGCCCAGGCCCAGACCUCCCGAUUCUUCUGGCGACAGAGUACAGCACAAGACCCCAUCCCCAUCCCCGUCCCCUCCUGUGGCCUCUGGGGACAUUCCUGUGGUUGUGGCUUGUGUUGAUGUGGCUCACUGUCCCCUCACUCGGCCUGUGUGUGUAUGUGUGUGUGUCCUGUAUGUGAGUGUGCAGGCUGCCCGCGUCUCGUAAGUACCCCUAGCGUGUCCUGUGCCUGUUUACUGCAGCCGUGUCUCCACACAAAAUAUAUUUAAAGAGACGUGUACCAAUCCA